AUGCCUCUCUUCCGGCUGAAGACGGUGUUCCCGUUGAUCGCCCUGGUGUCGAUUGGCAUUUUUUUCUGGUGCAUGGAGCGCUAUGAUCGCACCGCCUUCCUCCGCUUCAAGCAUCCCGCCGACCGCGUCAAUCUCGGCGAACACGCGCAAAUCAUCGAUACACCGGAUCAGGCGUCGGGCUUGGCGUCUAGCAACACCUGCGAGGUCGACCCCAAGCUGGCCGCCCCGCUGCCCAUGUCCGAAUGGCUGCCACGCAAGAACUACACCCGUGCCUACAUCCGCCCGCGGAUCGUCGCCCCCGACACCGAGUUCCACACUCUGGAGGAGGUUGAGAAGCCCGUGCUUCCACCUAUGGUCGCCAUGGAGCGUGGCAUGGUAGUGUCGCCCGAAAACCAGGAGGAAAACUUCGUCUGUCCCGAGAUCAUCGACGUCGAUGUGGCGGCCGAUGAUGAUGUGGAAGAGACCUCGAAACUUCUGUUCGGCUUGGCCACCACCGUGGACCGUCUCGACCGCCUCCUCCCGUCCUUGCUCUACACUUAUGGUAACACCAAGGCGGGCCUGAUCGUUCUGGUUCCGGAGUCGGAUGAUGAUUUGGAGAAGCAGGAGACUUACUUCCGUAACCGCGGCUUGGAUCUGACUCUCAAGGCCUCCCCGCUCGACUUCACGGCUCGUUACUUUGGGAUGGUUGAGGCGUUCUCGGAACACAUUCGCAAGCACCGUCCCCACACCACCUGGGUUGGCUUCAGCGACGACGAUACCUUUUUCCUCUCUCUCCCCACCAUCGCCAAGGAGCUGAAGCUCUUUGACGAGAAGAAGAAGCACUAUAUUGGGUCCCUAUCGGAGGCCAGCUGGCAGGUGGAUACUUUCGGCCACAUUGCUUUCGGCGGUGCCGGUGUCUUCGUCUCCAAACCCUUGCUAGACGUUCUCAUGAAGUACUACGACGAAUGCCAGUCUUGGGGUGAGCAGCCCGGCGACCAGAAGCUUGGGCAGUGUAUUCAGCGCUUUGGCGACACUCCCCUGACCCUCUGGCCCUCUCUCUACCAGAUGGAUAUGACGGAUCCUGUGGACGGUGUAUAUGAGUCGGGCCGCAAGAUCGAGUCGAUGCACCACUGGAACAGCUGGUACACCAAGGAUGUGGUGAAGAUGACAACCGUGGCUGCCGCCGCCGGCCGGAAGUCGGUGCUGCGCCGCUGGGUCUUUGACCAAGAGGAGACUGUGAACAAUGCGACCGGCGAGUCUGUCCGCACCUUCUGGGUCAUGACCAACGGAUACUCUCUCGUCAAAUAUACCUACGAUGAAACUGUGGCAGAUGACGCUAUCAAUUUUGACGCGGUCGAAAAGACCUGGCCCGAGGAUCCUCGUGGCUUCGAGGAGCGCCUAGGACCGCUUCGUCCCGCCGAAGAUGACGGUGUCACCAAGGACCGUUGGUUGCUACACGAUGCCUAUGUGGUUGGUGACAACGUGCACCAGUUUUAUGUGCGCGAGGAAGAUGAGGGUCACAGUGUGAUUGAGAUCGUCUGGCUCGGUCCCAAGGGCGGCGGUGGUGGUGGUAUCAGUGAUCACUUCAUCAAGGGCACCUACCAGCAAUGA